CAUCCUUCUGCACAAACUUUGAUGGAGAAUUUCACACCGUGCUGGAAAGAUGCCGGUUAUGAAGGGAUUGCUGGCGCCCCAGAACACCUUCCUGGACACCAUUGCCACCCGUUUUGACGGAACACAUAGCAACUUCAUCCUCGCCAACGCCCAGGUGGCUAAGGGUUUCCCCAUCGUCUACUGUUCGGAUGGCUUCUGUGAGCUCGCUGGAUUUGCCCGAACAGAAGUCAUGCAGAAGAGUUGCAGCUGCAAAUUCUUAUUCGGAGUUGAAACCAAUGAGCAACUGAUGCUUCAGAUAGAAAAGUCCUUGGAGGAAAAAACAGAAUUCAAAGGAGAAAUUAUGUUCUAUAAGAAGAAUGGGUCUCCAUUUUGGUGCCUGUUGGAUAUUGUCCCCAUAAAGAAUGAGAAAGGAGAUGUGGUCCUUUUUCUGGCCUCAUUCAAAGAUAUAACAGACACGAAAGUGAAGAUUACUCCAGAAGAUAAAAAAGAAGACAAAGCCAAAGGACGAUCGCGAGCAGGAACCCAUUUUGAUUCGGCUCGGAGACGAAGCAGAGCGGUCCUUUAUCACAUCUCCGGCCACCUGCAAAGAAGAGAAAAGAACAAGUUGAAAAUAAACAAUAAUGUUUUUGUAGACAAACCAGCAUUUCCGGAGUAUAAAGUUUCAGAUGCAAAAAAGUCCAAAUUCAUACUUUUGCAUUUUAGCACUUUCAAAGCCGGCUGGGACUGGCUUAUUCUAUUGGCGACGUUUUAUGUUGCCGUGACGGUACCUUACAACGUUUGCUUCAUUGGCAAUGAUGACCUGUCGACGACGCGGAGCACAACAGUCAGUGACAUUGCAGUGGAGAUUCUUUUUAUUAUAGAUAUUAUUUUAAAUUUUCGAACAACCUAUGUCAGCAAGUCUGGCCAAGUCAUCUUUGAAGCAAGAUCAAUCUGCAUCCACUACGUCACCACCUGGUUCAUCAUCGAUUUAAUCGCUGCCCUGCCGUUUGACCUCCUGUAUGCUUUCAAUGUCACAGUGGUGUCCCUGGUGCAUCUCCUGAAGACCGUGCGGCUGCUGCGCCUGCUGCGCCUCCUGCAGAAGCUGGACCGCUACUCCCAGCACAGCACCAUCGUCCUGACGCUGCUCAUGUCUAUGUUCGCCCUGCUGGCCCACUGGAUGGCGUGCAUCUGGUACGUCAUCGGGAAAAUGGAGAGGGAAGACAACAGCCUCCUCAAGUGGGAAGUUGGCUGGCUCCAUGAGUUGGGGAAGAGACUGGAAUCGCCCUACUAUGGGAACAAUACCCUGGGUGGGCCGUCGAUCCGAAGUGCCUAUAUCGCUGCUCUGUACUUCACGCUCAGCAGCCUCACCAGUGUGGGGUUUGGAAAUGUCUCUGCUAACACGGAUGCAGAAAAGAUCUUCUCCAUCUGCACCAUGCUGAUUGGCGCCUUGAUGCACGCCCUGGUGUUUGGAAAUGUGACGGCGAUCAUCCAGAGGAUGUACUCCAGGUGGUCCCUCUAUCACACCAGGACCAAGGAUCUGAAGGACUUCAUCCGCGUCCACCACCUGCCCCAGCAGCUCAAGCAGAGGAUGCUGGAGUAUUUCCAGACAACCUGGUCAGUCAACAACGGCAUAGACUCCAACGAGCUUCUGAAGGACUUCCCAGACGAGCUCCGCUCCGACAUCACCAUGCACCUGAACAAGGAGAUCCUGCAGCUGUCCCUGUUCGAGUGCGCCAGCCGGGGCUGCCUGCGCUCGCUGUCCCUGCACAUCAAGACCUCCUUCUGCGCGCCCGGCGAGUACCUGCUGCGCCAGGGGGACGCCCUGCAGGCCAUCUACUUCGUGUGCUCGGGCUCCAUGGAGGUCCUUAAGGACAGCAUGGUGCUGGCCAUUCUCGGGAAAGGAGAUUUAAUUGGAGCCAAUCUAUCAAUUAAGGACCAAGUGAUCAAGACCAACGCGGAUGUGAAGGCGCUAACCUACUGCGAUCUCCAGUGUAUCAUCCUCAAAGGGCUCUUUGAGGUGCUGGACCUUUACCCAGAAUACGCUCACAAAUUUGUGGAAGACAUUCAGCAUGACCUCACAUACAACCUUCGAGAAGGUCACGAGAGUGAUGUGAUCUCAAGAUUAUCAAACAAAUCGACAGUCUCACAGUCGGAGCCCAAGGGAAAUGGCAGCAUCAAGAAGAGACUGCCGUCCAUCGUGGAAGACGAGGAGGAGGAGGACUUGGGGGAGGAGACAGCCUCCCUGUCCCCCGUCUACACCAGGGGACCCGCCUCUUCUCGCAGCAAGCGGCCUGGAGGCGGUAAGAGCUACCUCGGCUUAAGCUUGAAGCAGCUGGCCUCGGGAACUGUGCCAUUUCAUUCACCUAUCAGAGUCUCCAGUUCAAACUCCCCCAAAACCAAACAGGAGACGGAUGCCCCAAACCACGGCAAAAGAAAAGAGAAGAACUUGAAAUUGCAGCUUUCAACUUUGAAUAGUACUGGACCCCCAGACCUCAGUCCAAGGAUUGUUGAUGGAAUUGAAGAUGGAAACAGCAGUGAAGAAAGCCAGACUUUUGACUUUGGCUCUGAGCGAAUCAGACCGGAACCCAGAAUUUCUCCUCCUCUUGGAGACCCAGAGAUUGGAGCUGCUGUCCUCUUCAUCAAGGCGGAGGAGACGAAGCAGCAAAUAAACAGGCUCAACAGUGAGGUAACCACGCUGACUCAGGAGGUCUCCCAGCUCGGCAGGGACAUGAAGACGGUGAUGCAGCUUCUCGAGCACGUCCUGUCGCCGCAGCAGCAGUCCCGGCUUUGCUCUCUGCACACCGCCUCUCUGUGUCCCUCCGGUUUCCAGGGCAGGACGGCCUGGAGCACGCACCAGCCCUGUCUGCACUUGCAAGCCGCCGGCUCCGCGUACAGCCCAGCGCCGCUGUGCCAGGGGAGCGUCACCCCCGACAGCUGGAGUGUGGGGCCCUCCUCGGCGGGGGGCAGCCCCCAGCGGACGGGCGCCCAGGAGCAGAGUCCGGCGGGCGGGGAGCUCCGCGCCUCCCCGAACCUGGACCACGUGCCUGCCCACUGCCCGGUGGUCCAGGAAGGUCGCCUGCAGUUUCUCAGGUGCGUCUCCCCGCAGUCGGACACGACGCUGACGCCGCUGCAGUCUAUCUCGGCCACCCUCUCCUCCUCCGUCUGCUCCUCCUCAGAGACGUCUUUGCACCUGGUUCUCCCCAGCAGAUCGGAGGAGGGGAGCUUGGGCCAGGGCGCCGUGAGUUCCUUCAGUCUGGAAAACCUGCCAGGAUCUUGGGAGCGGGAAGGACGGGCAUCCGUCUCCACCGAAGCCCUGGAGAACUUUCCCCUGGAAAUGGUCGCAAGCACAGCAGAGGUGAAAGAUGACAGAGCCGUGCACGUAUGAUGCAGUGUACCUGGACGGCGCCCGCCUCCGCCCGUCGCCGCGGGAUGUCAGCCCGGGGUGGCCUCGCUUGCCCCUGGCAGCCUGAAGACUGGGCAGAGCCGUGGAAAACGGGCCCCAGGGCAGGAGAACCACCUCCAUCCCGCAGCAGACACUUCCUACAUCCUAGCGACAAAGUAGGGCCCAUUACCUGUGCAGGUAUUAACUUACUGGUCUGUUUGACAGACUUUGGUAAAAGUCCAAAGACCCUGAGGGUCUGAGCAGCUACAAGUCGCAGACGAAGAAUGUGUGGACUCGAGUCCUGGGUGGCUUUUCAGAAGAGCAGCAAAGGUUUUUCCUGAGUGCCUGCGUGUCCCUCCUGAACAAUAUCCAUAUUGUGGGCUCUGGGAGUACACAGCUCCUGCUGAUCUAUUUUUCAAAAAUAGAAGGCGAGUGGACAAUUAUCACUGCAUGUCAUCUCCUAGACAAUCAGUCACACAGAGCCGGUGGCCAGCGGUCAGCUAUUGCACGUUAUUUGCCAUGUAAAUGAAUAUGUCUUUAUUUAUCAAAAAAAAAAAAAGAGAGGCUAUUUUUAUAUCCUUGGUAUGAAAUAUGUAUUUAAACUAUUUAAACUAUUUAUAAAGAAAUGAAUGUUUUCUUUUCAUUUUGGUAAAAAAAAAAAAAGCUUGCUGUUUUAACAAGAAAUGCACUACUGUUAUGUCUAGUAGAUCAAAAAUUAUUAUUAAGAGGAUGUAGUUUUGAAAGGAAGCCCACCCCCCUUUUAUCUGCAUGCAGUUUGCAACAAAUGUAUCCUCAUGCUUCUGGAUUACAAAAGAAAAGUGAGGUCAUAUUUUAUUAAUGAAAUAAAAACCCGGCCAGAGUGUCUGGCAUGGUGGGGGGUGGGGGCAGAAUCCACCCGAGCUCCGGGGACUCGCGUAGAAUCCUGACUUGAGGCUACCCCCACCAUGCCCACAUAAAUGUUUCUCCUCCAGCCAUCGUAAGUGUGGUUCUGAAACCCAAAAUUGGUCUGGGGAAUAUGAAACCACAACUACAUUGAACUAUUUUGGCCUCAAAAUUAGGAAGAAAACCUUGAGUGUGUUCUUCCUCUGUGCUUAUCUUUCAGGGGAGCUUGUGUAGACUGGUGAACAUUCCAAAAUGAAGCCAGAACUUCUGAACUCUAACUUGUAAACGGGCUGCCAGCUUGCUUUGGAUCAGCACUUUCAUUUUUUUCUUGAAAGCUCUCAACAGUGCUGUAAGUUAUGAAGAGCAGGUGUUUUCAUUCUCCUUUUGCAGAGAAAAAAAAAAAAAUAAAGCCCCAGCGAUUAUACAGCUAGGAUGCUGGAGACAGUCUAGAACCCAUAAUGCUUUCUACACCUCAACCAAUAUCCAAAUUCAGAUGCUGGCAUGGUAAUAAUUUAAAUGCCUUCACUUCAGGUUUAUUAUGGUUAAGAAUGUGUAGGGCCUUAUCAUUUAAGACGUUCUUAGAGAAUAUACUGAAUUCACUUUCUGGAGUCCCCUGUUCCCAUUUCCCACUGCAAAGAAUAACUAAUUUGAAAAUUGUAUUAUUAAAGACAUCUACACAAAGCAAGACUUCUGGUGUGUGACUCUUAUACCCUAAAACUGGAUAGAGCAGCAGAAAGAAAAUAAAGCUUUUCUAAGAAAAGUGAAAGCCAUACAUGUGUCUGAGGCAGGUCGUUUAAGAGUGUAUCUUCUAUUCCCCCAGUUCCAAAGUUCAAUCUCUCCUUACCCAAGUGAAUGGGGAAACUGAGGCAAAGGCAACAUGCAGGAUUUAACAUAUGUAUUUGUAGCCACACUUUUUUGCUCAUCCUGACAUACAUCAUCAUUUUAAGUACCAUUCCAAUAGAACUAACUGGUGCUGGUUCUGCUGUCUUUCUGGAAAACUAUCACGGCUAUCACAGGCUAAUAAUAAAGCCCAACAUUCUGAUCUGUGAGUACUGACUAUAUAUCAACACAUUUAAGGAGUAACACCUUAUGUUUCCUUACACAACAGUCAACAAUGCUAAAGUUAUUAUUUUAUUCCCAUUUUGUAAAUGAAUAAUUGGGACACAGAUUUUUUUAAACUGCCCAGUCACACUGUUUUAAAUAACAGCCCCAGUACUCCUGUGGACACCCUGGGUACCCCUCCUUUCAUGUCCAAAUCUAUUCCUGCUGCCUUUUGAAGUUGUACUCGUCAUUAA